AUGCAUAAAUUUGUGACUCCAGAAACAUUUGUUCAUAAAGUUCAGAAUGACUAUUUUAUUAAGAAGAAGCCCAGUCCUGAUUAAAGGACAGGGAAAAAGAAAUAAAGUGAAUUGGAUUUCGAACUCUAUUAAAACCUUAAAGAUCUGAGGAACAAUAAUUAAUUAAUACGGAACAACCAAGGAUCGCUUAAGAUCAUUAAUCCUUUGAGCAAAUAAAUUAAUAUGAUGGAAACAAAGAAGCAAAUGUAAGAGAAGAAAAUGAGGGAAACUCAAUUUUAAAUGAAAAAGAAGAGUAUGCUUAAUGAAAAUCAAUAAAAGUUACAUUCUGAUUUGAAAAAUUUAGACAAGAUUAGUGUUAGUGCCUUUAAAGAUUUUAAAGAAUAAGUUAAUCUUUAUAAUAAAUAUUACAGCAAUACAAUAGGAUAGGAACCAGAAAUCAAGGACAUUCAAUAUGAGGACCUAAAUAUUCCUUAUCAAUAUGUAGAUAUUGGAAGUAAGUAUACUUACAGGGAAAUAUUAAAUCAUGAAAUUCCAGAAAUAAAUUAUUAGAAUGAUCAGGCUAAGAAUUUAAUGGAAACCAUUCUCUAACUCAAGUUCUCGGAUGAACAAUUGGAGAAUAAAUUACUAAACAGCUUGAGGUAGCAUGUUGUGGUAAGGGAAUUAGAUUAAAUGGAAAUUGACUAUUUGAAUGCAAUAAAAAAUAAUGAUUUAUCAACUUUAAAGCUGAUGUUGAUAUCUGAUGAAACUAUAGUUAAAGCAAAGGAUAUUGUAAAAUCUGUAUAUAUUAGGUAGAUUGGAUAGACUGGAUUGCAUUUGGCUGCAAAACGAAACUAUUACGAUAUUUGCUAGGAGCUGAUAAAUUAUAAUGUGGAUUUAUUUGCUAUUGAUUAUGCAAGUAGGACAGCAAGGUAAUUGGCAGAGAAAUAUCAUUAUUAUAAGGUUGCUAAGUUAAUUUAGAUGGAGGAGGACUAGCAAAAUAAGAAGAGAAAUAUAUAAUCAUGA